UUAAGGUUUAUCUAUGAUUUCCAUUUUUAAAUAAUCUCACCUUUAUCAUUAUAUUAAAAUAUCAUUUUUCAUUCUUUAAUUGUGUUAUUAAACACAUAAUUGAAUUAUUAUUUUUUUAAUAAAAACAGCAAUAUUAUUUUUUAAUAGGCUUGCCGAAUUUCAAAAAUUUGGAGCAUUUGGAUUUGAGAUGGUCUACUCUCCACAACAACUUCUUAAAAGACAUCGAAAAGAUGCCCUCUCUUAAGAUUUUAUUAUUGUCCUUUUGUCGACUAAACGGCACCAUACCUACAGCCAAAGGUUUAUGCGAGUUAAAACAUCUUCAGAAGCUAGAUAUGAGCAACAAUGAUCUCAGUGGCACUUUACCUUUAUGUCUAGCAAAUUUAACAUCCCUUCAACUGUUAGAUCUAUCUUUCAACCACUUCAUCGGAAAUAUCUCCUUAUCUCCCCUGGGGAGUCUCACAUCCAUGCAUACGUUACAACUUUCAAGCAACCUGUUUCGAAUCCCAAUCUCUCUUCUUCCGUUCUUCAACCAUUCAAAGCUCAAGCACUUGAAUUGUGAUGAGAAUGAAAUAUGUGCAGAUAUAGAUGUGCCUACUUUGACACCAAAAUUUCAACUACGGACCCUAGAUUUGUCAGGUCAAGGAGAUGGCGGAGUGUUUCCCAAGUUCUUCUACUAUCAGCAUAAAUUAGAAUAUGUUGAUAUGUCAAAUAUGAAAAUGAAGGGAGAGUUUCCACAUUGGUUGAUCAGGAACAACACAAAAUUAGAUACACUUCACUUGCCCAACUGUUCUCCUUCGGGGCCUCUCCAAUUGCCAAUUCAUUCCCAUGUGUAUUUUUCAGACUUAGACAUCUCUGACAACUACUUCAAUGGCUCUAUUCCAACAGAAAUUGGAAUACGUUUUCCAAGUUUAAAUUCUCUAGACUUGUCUGGAAAUGGUCUCACUGGUGGCAUUCCUUCGUCAUUUGGCAAAAUGAGUCAACUGACAGAAUUAGACUUGUCCAGCAAUCAUUUGUCAGGCAUAAUACCCCAAGAGUUGAUUGUUGGAUGCAGUUCGUUAUCUGAGCUCAUUCUUUCAAACAAUAGUUUGCAUGGCCAAAUAUUCCCAAAACAAGCUAAUUGCGAAGAAUUGAUUCGAUUAUUGUUGGAUGGCAAUCAAUUCAAUCAAAGUAUCCCAUAUAGCAUAAUUAAUUGCACACGGUUGGAAGUGUUGGACGUGAGAGAUAAUCACCUCUUUGGCAGCAUCCCUAGUUGGAUAGGGAAUAUGACUUCUCUUCAAAUCUUGGAUCUUUCAAAGAAUAAUUUCUUUGGAAACCUGCCAUCCAGCUUUUGCCCUCCAUCGAUCUGUGAAGUUUAUUUAUCAAGAAAUAGGCUACAAGGACCAUUGAUGAAUGCAUUUUACAAUUGUCCUAGUUUAAUGAUAUUGGAUCUUGGACACAACAAUUUCACGAGAAGAAUUCCAGAAUGGAUUGGCAAUUUUUCAGCUUUGACCUAUCUUCUUUUGGGUUAUAAUAAUCUUGAAGGUAAAAUACCAAUUCAGUUGUGCAACUUAACUCAAUUAAGGUUGGUUGAUCUUUCUAAUAAUAAUCUUUUUGGUCAUGUCCCCCCUUGCAUAAGCAUUGAUAGCAAUUGGGUUAGGGGAAUUCAAGAUGUAGAUGAUAGUUUUAGAACUUAUAUUAGGGAACAACCUUUGGAGUUUACAACAAAGAGAAUAUCAUAUUAUUUUCGAGGAAGAGUUCUCAAGCACAUCUCAGGACUCGAUCUGUCCUGCAACAAUUUGACAGGUAAAAUUCCUGCUGAAUUAGGAAAUCUUAGCGUGAUCCAGGUGUUAAACCUGUCCCAUAAUAGUUUGACAGGAUUGAUUCCACAAUCAUUUUCAAACUUGAAGCAAAUUGAGAGCUUGGAUCUUUCCUACAAUAACUUGAACGGCAAAAUCCCUCAACUCACUCAACUACAUUGGCUAGCUGUCUUCAGUGUAGCACACAACAAUUUAUCUGGCCAGACACCUGAGAUGGUUGCACAAUUUGCGACAUUCGACAACAGUAGCUAUGAGGGAAACCCUUUCCUUUGUGGACCUCCAUUGUCCAAAAGUUGCUUUGCUUCAUCAAUGCCAGGAGUUUCAGCGAAGGAUAAAAAAGAUCAUAAAAGAGAUGAUGGCUUUAUGGACAUGGAUGCUUUCUAUAAGCAUUCAAUCUUGAUGAGUGAGCUGAGUUUAUGUUGUAGUUUCAGUAAGCUAGGAUGGUUGCAGAAUACUGAGCUGGAACUGAUUGCAGAGUAUAAUUUAUUACUUGUUUUUAAGGCACAGGUGAUUGGUGAUAGAGUUGAUAGUGGACGACAGGGAACCAGGCCUGAAAUUUGUGCCCAAGCAAUUGCAUUUUGGGAAUUAGAUUCCACAAUAACAGAGUCAAUACCAACCAUAAAUUUGUCAGGUCAAGGACAUGGUGGAGUGUUUCCGAAGUUCCUUUACUAUCAGCAUAACUUACGCAUCCCUGGUUGGAUAAGGAAUGUGACUUAUCUUGAAGUCUUGGAUCUGUCGGAGAAUAAUUUCUUUAAAAACUUACCAUCUGACUUUGGCCCUCCAUGGAUCUGUGAAGUUUAUCUAUCAAAAAAUAGGCUACGAGGACCAUUGAUGAAUGCAUUUUACAAUUGUUCUGAAUUAACAGUGCUGCAUCUUAGUCACAAGACUCAACGUUUGGAGCUUACAACAAAGAAUGCAUUGCGUUAUUUCCAAAGAAGCAUUCUCGACCUCAUAUCAGGACUCGAUCUGUCCUGCAACAAUCUGACAAGUAAAAUUCUAGCUGAAAUAGGAAAUUUUAACAUAAUCCAGCUAUUAAACCUUUCCCAUAACAAGUUGACUGGAUUGAUUCCGCAAUCAUUUUCAAACCUGAAGCAAAUUGAGAGCUUGGAUCUUUCCCACAACAACUUGAAUGGCAACAUCCCUCAGCUUCUCAACUAA